AUGGUCCAAAACUCUAAGUUUCAUGGACUGCCAAUGGAGGACCCAUUAGACCAUAUUGAUCCGUUUGAUAGGGUCUGCAACUUGACCAAGAUAAUUGGAGUCUUAGAAGAUGGUUUUAAGCUUAGAUUGUUUCCCUUCAGCUUGGGAGACAAAGCAAGACAAUGGGAGAGGAACCUACCAGUUGGGAGCAUUCAGACUUGGGAAAAAUCUAAAGAAGCUUUCCUCGCCAACUUCUUCUCCACAAGCAGGACAGCAAAGCUUAGAAAUCGGAUCUCUAGUUUCACACAGCACUCCAAUGAAACUUUUGGAGAAGCAUGGGAGCGGUUCAGGACAUACAUCAAUCAGUGUCCACACCAUGGGUUUUCUGAAGCCUCUCUACUCUCCACAAUCUAUACUGGAGCACUACCUAAAAUCAGGAACCAACUAGACACAGCUUCCAAUGGUAAUUUCUUGGCAAAAGAGAUUACAGCUGUUAUGGAGCUUGUGGAGAAUCUGGCAAUGUCUAAUGACACAUAUGGUGAAGAUUAUGACAGAACAAAAAGAUCAGAUGGUUCAAGCUCAGAGCAAAAGCUUUAUCGAGAGGUUAAAGAGCUGAGAAAUGAACUUGACAAACUGAAGAUGGUUUCUCAAAAAACAAUCCAUUAUGUUGGUGACUUUGAAAAGUCUCCAUGCUUUGAGAACAUCAAUGAAGAGGACUUAACCCAAGAGGAGUUGAACUACAUUGGAAACGAGAACAGAUACCAAAGGUUCAACAACUUCAAUGCCAACAACAACUUGUCUUAUAAGAGCACUAAUGUGGCAAACCCACAAUAUCGAUUGUAUCCUUCUCAGUAUAACCAGCAAAGCUUUGCCCCUAAGCCUCUGUUUCAAACUUCUUUUCAGCCAAAGAAAUAG